AAUUCAGCGAAGAAUUGGAGCGCCUUCGCCGUGAAGUCCGCAUGUACCGCAUGGAGCUCAGCAACCGGGAAGGCAACUUCAAUCGCAUGUUUACCGACAGCUCACCGGUACGCGUUGACCACCGGGCCGGGGGCCUGGCCGUAACGCGAACGACAGGCCGACCGCAGAUGGAUUCUGCCUUAACAGUGGGUAACCGCACUCCGCGGGACACAAACGACAACCUGCAGCCGCAGUACCGCCCGGGGUUGAACCGGCUCCCGACCCUGUCCAUGGACAGCCGUCAGAGGGCGACAAACAGCCACAGCAGCGGGAGAACCCACCGACUGGUCGGAACGCCAAGAGAGCGGCAGACAGCUGGCUAUCCAAUGCCUGGAUUUCACUGACGAGAAUUUAGGAAUUCGGACAUCACUGGUCUCUUUGACGAACAAGACAAGACGCAUACCUAAUAAUGACGAGAGCGGGGCAGUGCUAUCAUAUAGGAUUACC